GCUUACAGCUGAUUUAAACGUCAAAAUAGUAUAUUUAGGUUAAGCGAAUACAAAAUAAAAACAAUUUAAAUUAUGGAAGAAUAGGAAUAAUAAAAUAUGUUUUUAAUAAAAGAAUAACAAAUUAAGAAUGGAGGUCAGUCCGCUGUGUGUUAUAUUAGUCAAAUCUGACAGUAAAGGCGACAGACUACUGUUUCGGUAUCCAUUUCAAAACUGUGAAAACAAAGAAAUUUUGAACAAAUCUAGAAGAAAUCCGUAUACUUUACCGAUAGUUGAAGAUCUUUUACAAAGCCCUACAGUGUCUAGUUCGAACAUUAGUAAAGGGGUACUGGUAGGAUUCAGUGACGAAGUACUAUCUUCAUUGUUUGCAGUUAAACCAGAUUUAUCAAACAGAAAAUUUGAACUUAAGGUGAAUGAUGUAAGAUUUGUAAGCCAUCCAACCUCUCUGCAACUGAGAAAUAAGCAGUCACAUAAAGAUGAGUCAGGUUUGAUGUUGAUUAAUAUUGUUUUUUCUUUGUCUGCCCUAGCCAGUCAUUCUGUUGUAAAAUGUUACCAUGAUUUGAGUGAGCGUAUCGGGAUUAUACUGAGACAUGAAGAAAAAAGAAGAGGGUAUGUCUCAGAACAGACACAAACAAUGAUGGCUGCUCAUGAUGACGGUUACACAAAUAAUAAUGGGUCUGCCUUUAGAGUUAUUUUAGAAAAAUGUACCUUGGCUAACAAUAUUAAGAAAUUGUACGAAGAUCUCUGUAGUUCAGGGUUGGUAAGUAUAAGACUGAAUAGAUGGAUACCUUUUAGCUUUUGUUUGCCACAAAAAGCACACCAGUGGCAUUUGAGAGGGAAAAUUGUUGAACCUGAAGAUAUUGACAGAUGUUUACUGGCAUUGAGGCCGUAUCAUAGUCUGUUACUACUUUACCCUGUUGAGCACUUGGUGGAUUUCACAGCCUUGGAUGGUUCACCCUCAUUGGUCCGCAUGUUAUCACAGUAUUCACCAAUGAAAAACCUCCAAACUUUAGCAGCUGAUUCUGAUUUGACAUUGUCUCAUGUGUUUCAACUGACUGCUCACUUAGUUUACUGGGCUAAGGCUACAGUUAUUUUUCCUGUAUGUUCAAAAAAUAAAUAUGUGAUAGCUCCUAACGCGUCCAUCCAUCUCAAUUCUCCAUUGAUGGAAAAAUACAGUAUGUCUUUCAAGGGAGGUAAUCUUAUGAGAGCUCUUAACGAAUUUUCGCUUCCAACAUCUUUAGGACAAAAAACUAACCCACUGUGUUACCCUUCCCAGCAAUCAGCCCUAGUCAAGUCAAUUAUAUGGAUGCUCCAGCAUCAUUUACUAGUACAAUUACACACCUAUAUACAAUACAUGCCCACAGGAAACGGAUUAUCUACUUCCAGAAGUUUUAAAAAGUACCUAAAAACUCCGUCUCCACGUACAAGUUCGGUGCUAUCCACGUCAUUUCCAGAGCCAUCCAGAACGGAGUCUGAGAGUGGAGCGUCUACAGUUUCGGAAGCGCCGGAUUUCAUGAGGAAUUUCAAUUUGGAAAACGUAAGUUUUACGUCCACGGAAGACGACAAGCAAGAAUAUCAGGAAGAGCUGCUUCUGGACUUCCCCGACGACGAGCGAAGUCAAAUAUUCAAAAUUCCCGCCACCAACACGCCGGAAGACCUCAAACUGUUUGCCAGAUUGUGCAGGAAGGGGUAUUUUCAGGGAAGUCAUCACGUUGAAGAGAUUAUGUACCUGGAAAAUUUGAGGAGGAGUCAGCUAUUGCAACUUCUGGAUAAAUUCAGGGAUGUUCUUGUUACCUAUGAGACAGAAGAUCCAGCGAUAGCAAUGUUUUCAUCUUCGUGUUCUUAGAAAAUGAAAAAAUAAUGUGAUUUUGGUUGUUUAAAGAGGUUAAUAUGAACAAAAAAAUAUAAAUUGUGUAUAAAAAGCUAGUCUAAUAUUAUAUUCCUUUUAAACUAUUUUAAUACUUUAAUUUUGUAAUAAUUAUAUGAAGUCUAUAAUAAUUUUUAGAGGUAUAUUUUAGCAGUUUAAAGAAAUUGUUAGUGGACUAAAAGAUGCUGUUAUGUUUGUACUUUUUUAUUGAAAUAAAUAUAUGUACUGUAUAUUUUU